ACCACCGCAGGCCUUCCUGUUGCUAGCGACGGCUUGUUUUUAGCUGUGCAACCCAUCCAGCCAAGGAUUACUCCGGGUGUCAAGAUGCUGCCUACCGUUGAAGCUUGAUCUCCGCAGCGUGCCGGUGGCAACAAUGGGGGCUUUUAAAGAACUGCUUUUGGAAACACUCAGUCAUUUGGGUCAGGAGGAGUUGGAGAAAUUCAAGUGGCUGCUGCAGUUCACGUUCUUCCAGAGGAGCCUUGAACUCAUCUCAUCGAGUGAACUGAGCCGUCCUCACACCUCGUGGAGAGGACCGCAGUGGAUUGACUGUAUAAACAAAGUGGUGGAUGUGAUGUUGGAGAGAUGCGGUCAACAGUCUGUGGAGGUGACCAUGGAGGUUUUGAUGGACAUGAACAGAACUGAUCUCUCAGAGACCAUCUCAGGACACAAAGCUGCAGGAUCAUCAGCUGAAGCGUUUGGUGUGAGAACCACGCAGGGAGAGAAACACUGUAUGGAUGAACAUUGGCCUGCAUUGGUCCAGACGGUGGAGAUGAUGACAUCUGUCAUAGAGCUGCUUUUGGAAACACUGGCUGGUUUGAGUGACUGGGAGCUCUUGCUGUUCAGUCACGUCCUCCUGGGUCAGAUUGACCUCCACAGACGCCACUCAGACAUGCCAUCGAUGCUGCUGAGAACAGAAGACAGGCAGGUCACAGUGUUUUUAAUGGUGCUGACCUAUGGCCAACAGUCUGUGGAGAUUACCAAGAAGGCUUUAAAGAUAGUGGAGAGGACUGAUCUAGUGCAGAGGUUGUCAGACAGCAGCUCAAGACCCAAAAAGAAACACUCAGGUGAACACCAAUCUGCACUGAUCCAGAAAGUAGCAACAAUGGCAGCUGUUAAACAGCUGCUUUUGGAAACUCUGAAUGAUUUGAGUGACAAGGAGCUCAAGAAAUUUAAGUGGUUCCUGGAGUUGAUUGUCUCCCAGAAGGACCUCCCAGAUGUCUCACUGGAGUUUGGCUUCACAAACGACAGAGCAGAAAUAGUGGAUGUGAUGUUGCAGACCUACAGCCAACAGUCUGUGCCAUUAACCAGGGAGGUUGUAAAGAAAAUGAACAGGAUUGAUCUGAUGCAGAGGUUGUCAAAGCCCAGCUCAGAACUCGAAGAGGCACACUCAGUGGAUGAACAUGUACCUGCAGUGUUGAAGAAAGCAGCUGUGAAAAUGGUUCUUUUGGAAACACUGAAAGAUUUGAGUAAGAAGGAAAUCGAGAAAUUCAAGUGGUUGCUGCGGUUCACGCAGUUCCAGAAGGGUCUUCCACACGUCCCAUUGAGCGGACUACAGGGGGCAGACAGUACAGACACACUGGUGGAUCUGAUGGUCCAGACCUGUGGCCAGCAGUCUGUGGAGGUGACCACAGAGGUUUUCAUGGACAUGGACAGGACUGAUCUAGUAAAGAGGUUGUCAAUCAUCAGCUCAAGAAUCAAAGGUCAGAGAAAAAAGACAAAAACUGCCACAUUACACAAUCAUAUGUUUCUCAGAAAUGUUUAAUAAAUACAUCUUAGAUUUCAUAGUGAAGCUGCAUUCAAACUUUAUUUAAUCAAUAAGAAAUCUGAAAAAUUAGAAAGCAGACAGCGA